AUGAAUACAUCCAUGUGGUUCUCACUUUGUGCAACAUUAUAUCUAAGCUUCUUACAGCAAACCGCAGCCCAAGAUGUGCAUUCCAGAGCUAAACGUUUUUUAAUAUUCCCUCGGCAAGCGCCCACAAGGCAUCAGUUCAUUGCUGGCAUUGGUAUCCCCGCCGACCUUGAGUAUGAAUCUCUCACCGUGGGCUACGUCUUGAAAGCAGAGUAUUAUCUACCGUAUAAUGCAACUGUUUACAGGCAGAACCCACUCUUUCCGGAAUACAAACCGAAUAACAUAGAUGCCGAAAAACAAAGACAAUUGUUUAAGCCCACGGAUCUGCGCUGGCAAAUCUAUGAAUUCAUCGAACACAUGCUUAACGGAUACGGAUUGAAUGGACAUGCCUGUCUCUUAGAGGCUAUCUGCGAGGCUAAUAGAAUAAAGUUUGCAAAGGACUUUAGCAUUGCAGCUGAAAUGUUGCACUUACUGUUAAGUCCUUCUACUACUUUAAAUUCCCACACUUCAAGAGCUUUGGAUUUUAUACACGCAGAACAAGAUGGAUCACGAAAGGACUGUUCGAAGUACGACUGCAAUACAAAGAUAAUUAAUUGGGUUUCACUUGUCAGCAAAAUGGAUUUUUAG